UGUGUAUCACAACAAUUAUUAUUAUUAAGUCGGUUCUAAUAUUUUAAUUUUUUAAAUAUAUAAGAUAUUUUAGUGUAUAAAAUUAUAGUCAAUCCACUAAUCUAUCUAGUUAUAUACUAUGAUGCAGUCAUUAUUGAAUACUCUUAAAUUUACAUAUUCAAAAAUCAACAUCCAAUCAAUUCGUCAUCGUUAUUGGAAAAAUCAACAAGGUGCUCGACCAAUCAUUCGACGAUAUGGUUAUGAUGACAACAAAAUACUUCAGUCAGGGUUAUUACCACGGUCAGCUGAUGAACUAAACAAACUACCUAUGCCUAUAUAUAGACCUAAAGAUAUUUGGAAUGAAAGAAGAGCUCUUUUUGGUCAGAAUGACUAUAUUGAUAUUUUAGGAAAUGAUGGUGUACAUCCUGUUAGAGUAUUAUACAAUGUACCAUCCUGGUUAAGAGGAGUAAAAGGUAAUGAAUUCCAAGUAUUAUUAAGAAAAAGGAAAAUGUUACAACAUGGUAUAUUACCACUAGCUAGACCAACCAAAUGGACUCAAAUGCAAAAGAGAAUAAAAUAUUUAUAUACAUUUUUAAAUAGAAAAACUAGAACUGGAAUGGAAAAAUAAUUUUAAUUUUGUUUG